GGUGUGUUUGUUGCUGAUGUGGACAAGAAUCAGCCAAUAAACUGCGAGGAUUAGGGAAGCAGAGUUCCUCACUUCCGCCUAGCAGGUUUGGCUUCACCGCUCUGUGUGCAGCAGGAAGGAGGAGGGUUAAAUCGGCUGCCCAGCUCCUCCUCGUGUCUCCGAUGGCGAGCGUACUGCGUGUGGUUGCCAGCAGCUGCUCCAGCCCUCUUUUCACUGGACUGACCUCGGUCCGAACCGCGAAGGUGCCAUGUGUGCGCUACUUCAGGACCCACCAGGCUCUCGCACGCUCUGCCAGCCUAGGGAUACCUUACAAACAGCUGACGGUUGGCGUUCCUAAGGAGAUCUUUGAGAAUGAGCUCCGGGUGGCCCUCUCACCUGCAGGAGUGGAUGCUCUUGUCAAGCAAGGCUUCAACGUGGUGGUGGAGUCCGGUGCCGGAGACUCUGCCAAGUUUCCAGAUGAGCUGUAUACCAAAGCUGGAGCUACUGUCAAGGGAGUCAAAGAUGUACUAUCCUCUGACAUUGUGGUUAAAGUUCGUGCCCCCAUGCUGAACCCAGCUCUUGGUGUACAUGAAACAGACCUGAUGAAGGACGGUGCCACUCUGGUGAGCUUUAUCUACCCGGCUCAAAACUUAGAGCUGAUGGAUCGCUUGGCCAAACGUAAGGCCACAGUGCUGGCCAUGGACCAGGUUCCUCGCGUCACCAUCGCUCAGGGCUACGAUGCCCUUAGCUCCAUGGCCAACAUUGCUGGAUAUAAAGCCGUAGUCUUGGCAGCGAAUAACUUUGGCCGCUUCUUCACUGGUCAGAUCACUGCUGCAGGAAAAGUUCCACCAGCGAAGGUGCUCAUUAUUGGAGGGGGUGUGGCCGGACUCGCUGCCGCAGGAACUGCUCGGGCCAUGGGUGCCAUCGUUAGAGGAUUUGACACAAGAGCUGCAGCCUUGGAGCAGUUUAAGUCACUGGGGGCCGAGCCAUUGGAGGUGAACGUGAAGGAGUCUGGGGAAGGUCAGGGAGGUUACGCUAAAGAGAUGUCCAAGGAGUUCAUCGAGGCUGAGAUGAAGCUAUUCGCCAAGCAGUGUUUGGAUAUCGACAUCCUCAUCAGCACCGCUCUAAUCCCGGGUCGUAAGGCUCCGGUGCUUAUCUCGAAGGAGAUGGUGGAGACCAUGAAGGACGGCUCGGUGGUGGUUGAUCUGGCUGCUGAGGCAGGGGGCAACAUCGAGACCACAGUCCCUGGACAGCUCACAGUUCACAAAGGCGUUACCCAUAUUGGUUUCACAGAUCUUCCCAGUCGCCUUCCAACUCAGUCCAGUACCUUGUACUCUAACAACAUCACCAAGCUCAUCCGUGCAAUCAGCCCAGACAAGGAGAACUUCCACUUUGACGUGAAGGAGGUCUUUGAUUACGGAACGAUGGACCAUGUCAUCCGGGGAUCAAUUGUCAUGCAGGAUGGAAAAGUGCUUUUCCCUGCACCACAGCCCAACAACAUCCCCGUGGCAGCACCUCCCAAACUCAAAACUGUGCAGGAGCUACAAAAGGAAAAGGCUGCUGCUGUCUCGCCCUUUACAGCCACAUUCACCACUGCUGGAGCCUACACUGGAGGUCUUGCCACUUUGCUUGGACUCGGGCUCUUUGCACCCAACGCUGCUUUCACUCAAAUGGUCACUACCUUUGGCCUGGCAGGAAUUGUGGGAUAUCAUACUGUAUGGGGGGUCACACCUGCCCUCCACUCUCCUCUCAUGUCUGUGACAAAUGCCAUCUCUGGUCUGACUGCCGUCGGUGGGCUCUCGCUGAUGGGUGGAGGAUAUGCCCCGACCAACACGGCAGAAUCCCUGGCUGUACUCGCAGCCUUCAUCUCCUCCGUCAACAUUGCUGGUGGUUUUCUGGUCACUCAGCGGAUGUUGGAUAUGUUCAAGCGGCCCACUGACCCCCCGGAGUAUAACUACCUGUACCUUCUCCCAGCUGGUGCCUUUGUGGGAGGCUAUGGAGCAUCUCUGUACAGCGGUUACAACAUAGAGCAGAUGAUGUACCUGGGCUCUGGCCUAUGCUGUGUUGGGGCAUUGGGAGGUCUGUCCAGCCAGUCCACGGCGCGUCUGGGUAACGCCCUGGGUAUGAUUGGAGUCGCUGGUGGAGUGGCUGCAACUCUGGGCAUCCUGAAGCCCUCCCCCGAGCUUCUGGGCCAGAUGAGUGCUGCCAUGGCUGUGGGUGGUACAGCCGGUUUGACCAUCGCCAAGAAGAUCCAGAUUUCAGAUCUGCCUCAACUUGUGGCUGCCUUUCACAGUCUGGUUGGUUUGGCUGCUGUGCUUACCUGUGUGGCCGAGUACAUGGUGGAGUAUCCGCACUUUGCCACGGACCCUGCUGCAAACCUCACAAAGAUUAUUGCGUACCUGGGUACCUACAUCGGUGGCGUCACCUUCAGUGGUUCCCUAGUCGCAUACGGCAAACUGCAAGGUCUCCUGAACUCUGCCCCACUCAUGCUCCCAGGCCGUCACGCUCUGAAUGCUUGCCUCAUGGCUGCCAGUGUGGGAGGCAUUGUGCCCUACAUGCUGGACCCCAGCUACACUAUGGGCCUCACCUGCCUUGGCUCUGUUUCCGCCCUUUCGGCCAUCAUGGGGGUGACUUUGACUGCAGCAAUUGGUGGAGCAGACAUGCCGGUAGUCAUCACAGUACUGAACAGCUAUUCAGGCUGGGCGCUGUGUGCCGAGGGCUUCCUGCUCAACAACAACCUGCUUACCAUCGUCGGAGCAUUAAUCGGCUCAUCUGGAGCCAUCCUCUCCUACAUCAUGUGUGUGGCCAUGAACCGAUCACUGACCAAUGUCAUUCUUGGUGGCUAUGGAACUUCCUCUACCGGUACUGGCAAACCCAUGGAGAUCACGGGCACCCACACUGAGGUCAAUGUGGAUCAGUCUGUGGAGAUAAUCAAGGAGGCCCAGAACAUCAUCAUCGUCCCAGGUUACGGUCUGUGUGCAGCUAAGGCUCAGUAUCCAAUUGCUGACCUUGUUAAGUGUCUGACUGAGCAGGGCAAGACAGUCAGGUUCGGUAUCCACCCCGUUGCUGGGCGCAUGCCAGGGCAGCUGAACGUGCUGUUGGCUGAAGCCGGCGUGCCAUAUGACAUUGUUCUUGAGAUGGAUGAGAUCAACCAUGAUUUUCCUGAAACCGACUUGGUGCUGGUCAUCGGAGCCAAUGACACAGUGAACUCAGCUGCUCAGGAAGACCCUAACUCCAUCAUCGCUGGAAUGCCAGUGCUGGAAGUCUGGAAGUCCAAACAGGUCAUCGUGAUGAAGAGGUCUCUGGGUGUGGGCUACGCUGCCGUGGACAACCCUAUAUUCUACAAAACCAACACCUCAAUGCUUUUAGGAGAUGCCAAGAAGACGUGUGAUGCAUUAGCUGCCAAAGUGCGUGAAGGUUAAUAGCUGAGCUCUGGAGCAAUGGGUGUCUGUGUAAGAAGAAAAUCACUGCACCCUUUUUAAAGGGAACAGGAUGUACAAAUUGACCGUUAUACCACUUAGACAAAAUAGAAAUGAUAAAGUUCCACUCCUUACAACACUCCUUUUUCCCCGUUUGUCAAAAUUUAUUUCUUUUUGUAUUUUUUUUUUCAGUGUUUUCUGUGUAUUCAGCCUAAGUCAAUUAUCCUAGAAGCUAAAAAGCAUUUCAGCAAUUUAUGAGUAGGAGCUAGGUGCAUAACAUGACAGGGACCUUUUUAAUUAAACAAGCACACAUAAAUAUCAAUCAUUUUAAGCCAUUUUUAUUUCCUUAGAGAGAUCCGUAUACAAGAAAAGGUUAUAAAAUGGUUAGCCUGUAAAAAUGUGAAGCAUGGAAUUUUUUUUUCCCCUUAUAUUCUUAUUCCUUAUUUCCUUAUCUUAUUAAGGAGGCAUGGAUCAAAAGAAUCAUAACCAGAAAAGUAUAAAUCAUGCAGGAGGUGAGGUUUGUCAAUUGGUACAAUUCGAUAAAUCAGUCACAUUGACAUUUAGUUCUAAUCUCAUGCUGGCUCAUUUGCCCCGUCUUGUUCCCAUUCCAUGUACAAAGUCAGUUCAUGGUGCUUUUGCUUGCCAUUUUUGACUGCUGUUAACUUAAAAGAUUUAAAAAUGCACGAGGGAGAACACAACAGACCCUACCUCUCGACAGUAUUAAACCCGACCAAACAAUCCCCUAUGACGAAGACACUUUCUCCAAGCACAUUUCUACAUUAAUUUACUCGAUCUGCAGCAGCAUUAAACAUAUCCAGCUUGUUCCUUGGAUGUAGGCAGGAGAUCUGCUUAAUACAGUUUCAGGUAACAAUUAGUUAUACAGUACAGUUUGUUAAGGCGCAUUUUCUCCCUCCAAUCCAGCAGCUGAGUUAAAAGACAAGAAAAACAGCAAUAAAACAAUUACAAUACAGGAAGUAAAUAGGAUGUAAAAAAAAAAAAAAACUAGGUGGUUUCUGUUUGAUGAUAUGCAGAUAAUUCUCACUUCACUUUUUGUGUUUAUGUAGAAAGAAAUGAUGAAUAUAUUUUGUGUAAAACUAAGUGAAGGUGAAGAGAAACAUUUUGUUAUGUCAGCAGAUUCAACAUGUUAAUGAUGUA